GGCGCAGAAUAAGCACUCGGUGUCCUUCUCUAACCUCUCACAGCCCCUUCAUCACGCAUAUCAAGAACCCUCUCCCUGUCCCUCACUGUCUGCUCUCUCGCUCGAUGGAUUUCCUCCCGCUUAUGAAGUUCUUCCUCUCGCUUGGUCACCUGCGUCUCCCGCUUGCCAAAGGCCUUCCAUCCUUUCCGCAAGUCCUCUUCCUUCUUCCCGAGAUCCGCCUUCCAUGCUUCGUGCUCCGUCUUGAGCUCUGUGACCUGGCGUCUUAGUCCAUUUUCUCGAUUUCGUAG